UGUCAUGGAGUCUCUCAUCAGUAUAUAGCAGUUGUCUCCACCUCCAUCGCUUCCACCAAUCCAGCUCACAUGAUCAUGGAAACGGAGUCUGCCAAGUGCGAGUGCUGCGGGCUGGAGGAGGACUGCACUGAGGAGUACAUCAGCAGGGUGAAGGCCGACUUCGGUGGGAAGUGGCUGUGUGGGCUGUGUUCGGAGGCGGUGAGAGAUGAGGCGGGGAAGGGGAAUGGGAGGAGGAAGAAGGGUUAUGGAGGAUUGGAGGAGGCUGUGAUGGCGCAUGCGUCGUUCCGUAGGAGGCCUCACUCCAACCCAGCAAUAGACGUAGUUGACGGGAUGAGGCGGAUGCUGUGGCGGCGGCGGAGGUCGGUGGACAAGCCAUCGGCCUCGUCGCCUGGGAACCCGGUGAGCCCGUCGCAGGCGGCCGACGAAGCGACCAGAGUUGCAGUCCUCCGGUAGCCGACGGUCGAGGAUUCUCUUCCCUGCGCGGAAGAUGUAGUCUCACCGAAGCUUUAGGAUUUUGGUUUCAAAUGAUAUCGGCAAUUUCUCUAUCUUUUCCUUAAGAUUAGUUUCUUUUCCGUAAAUUAGUCUCGACUCGAACUGAAUCAUUUCAUGAGCUCAACG